ACAUGUUCAGAUCUGCAGGAAAUCGUCUGGACCAACCAGAGGGAAGGGACUGUCUGACUAACUCCUGAGCAAUGUAACCCAAGCGAAAGGGGCGUUGGUCGUCCAGAGAUAAGUUCCGAGCCCCACAAAUCCGUUGCUUGCUGCAUUUGCUUGCCCUCCGACGCUGCUCUCUAGAGAGGCUCCACUUCAAAUUCUCCUCUUCCCUCAACAAUGGCCAAAAAAAUCACCCCCACUGAAACAGAGAGAUGCAUUGAGUCCAUGAUAGCUGUUUUCCAGAAGUAUGCUGGUCGGGAGAUAACCAACUCCCGAAACACCCUCUCCAAGACUGAGUUCCUGGCUUUCAUGAAUACAGAGCUGGCUUCCUUCACACAGAACCAGGAUCCUGGUGUUCUGGACCGAAUGAUGAAGAAAUUGGACCUCAAUUCUGAUGGGCAGUUAGACUUUCAAGAAUUCCUGAAUCUAAUUGGGGGCUUGGCACAGGCCUGCCAUGCCUCCUUCACAGCAGCUAGCCAGCCUGUCAAGAAAAUGUGAAUGGGCCUUCCAGCCAAUUUUCCAGAUAUACCCUCCCUCCAAACCAGCCAAUGUGUACCCAUUCCUCAUAGUCACACACUGAACCCUAAGAAGCCAAGGCUACAAUACAAGCCAUUCACUUUCUAACAAUAAAAUGUGAUUUUUUAAAAAA